CUCGUCAACUUCCACUCUGCUUGGCACCCCGUCGCCAACCUGCCUCGUCUCCCCCAGGUGCAAGACUGCCAGACGAGCACGACGAACCUCCGGACACCGCCGUCAUGCCCUAUUCGCCCCGACGCGACAACGCCUCCGCGGUGGGCGAGGCGCCAGCUGCGCUCAGGCGACGAAAGGUCCGCAAGGGCGCCCAGAGCUGCUGGGAGUGCAAGCGACGCAAAGUCCGCUGCACCUUCGCUGCCCCUACCGAUGCUGUCUGUGACGGGUGUAGGAGCCGUCGAACCAGGUGCAUCAGCCAGCGAUUCCACGACGAGCCAGCAUCGGCCGGCACCAAGACCGACCGGCUCAGCCGGGUCGAAUCGCUCGUCGAACAGUUGGUCAGCCGCGGCAGCGUCGACACGUCGAGCGCCUGGCCGCGACGUCGACCGAGCCCAGACGAGAACCCGGCGCCACCAUCACGAGAUUCCAGCGGUGGUCGGCGUGAUGCCGACGUCGAGCAACCUCCCUCUCUUGUGGUCACCACCCCUGGCCCCGAUCUAACAAUAGAGGGCCAGCUGGCCAGCAAUCCUGACCACCUAUCUCGCGCCCUAUUCUCAAUCUGGCCUGACGAGCGCGAUCUUGAUCUGAUACUGAGCAUUCCGGUAGGUGUUUCGGUAUUGUUCCACGGUAUGGUUUGCCAACCGCAUUCGGAGCUGUUCUCAAGGGGAAUCUCCUCGCGACGACGCAUCCUGCAGCCGCCUUCACUGGAAUCUCAUCCAGUUCUCCUAGCCAGAAAGUUACUCUUGCUGGCGACGCUUUUACAAGGCAUUCCACCAUGCUACGUCGACGAGCUCUCUGGCCUCAGCGCAGGCUACCGUGCUAUUAUGUAUCGCACCUUUAACGCUGCUACCAGGCUUGUGACAAGCAACGACGAACUCGUUAGCUCUCUCGAGGGCAUCGAGUGUGUUAUGAUCGAGAGUAUGUACUUGAAUAAUGCUGGGGAUCUCCGUCGCGCUUGGUUGGCGAACCGCAGGGCUAUGGUCACGGCACAGAUGAUGGGAUUGCACGCCGGCGCGCCGGGUAGGGCCCUCGAAAGCGAGACGCGGGAUCGCAUUGAUCCCGCUUACAUGUGGUUUCGUCUGGUCGUCUCUGACCGGUAUCUGUCAUUGAUUCUGGGCCUUCCCCAAGGCUCCUCCGAUAACCCCCUCGCCAACCAGGAAGCAUUACAUCCAGACGAUAGUACGGCUAUGGAACACAUGGAGCGCAUGAUGUCGGUUGCGGCCGGUCUCAUCCUCCAACGCAAUGAAAUCGAGCGAAUUAACCUGGCAGCGACAUACAAGGUGGACGAGAUGCUACAGAAGGCUGCGGCGUUGAUGCCCCCGCGCUGGUGGCUGACGACCCCUGAUCUUGCCGCCAUUUCUGGAGAUGACGCGAGGGCGUUCGAAGAAUCGAUCCGCCUGGCGAAUCAGUUCGCAUAUCACCACCUUCUAGUUCAGCUACACCUGCCGUACUUGAUGUUGUCUCCGUCGGCCGAGCCGAAUUACGAUUACAGCAAGAUGACUGCUGCGAACGCGAGUCGUGCGAUUGUCACGCAAUUCGUGUCUUUCCGCAGCUCCAUUCUGAGUACCGCAUACUGUCGUGGCAUUGAUUUCAUUUCCUUUAUUGCCAGCACGACACUGUGUCUCGCACACAUCGAAGCCCGCCGCCAGCACCGAUCUGACGCGAACAAGAGCGCCGCGGCUUUCCAAUCUCUCCGACAUCAGCGGUUCAGCGACCGCGGCCUGCUCGAACACACCCUUCAAAUCAUGGAGACGAUGGCUCAGACCAGCUGCGAUGCCGUUGCCCAAAAGAUUUCCGACAUCCUCCGGCCACUCCUAGCCAUCGAGAACGAGUCUUUCGGCGGAGGCUACUACCAUAUCCAGGCCUGCUCUGGGGUCGAUAAGCAGCAGGAGCCUCAAUCUCUCGGCGAUGCCGGUUACGCCUUGCAUCCUCUCCGAAUACAAAUCCCGCAUCUCGGGUCAAUUCAUAUCGAACAUCGUCCUGCCCUUCCCGAGACCGUCGAACCCGCCCGGAUAUUUGCCGAAAAUGAACCUUCCGAGCGGCCUAGGCCACAAAAAACUGGUGCGAGCUUGGUUGUUCUUCGUGACCCGGCUUCUCCGAUCAACCAAGAUGGCGGGUGGAUUGUAACAUCUACAGCCCGCCCCGCUAGUCACGGAACCAACACCGCCCAGCCCGUCAACGCCGAUUGGCAAACGGCACCGUCGUAUCUUGACCAAACUGAAACUCUCGAGCAACCCGAGCCGGCAAAUAAGGACCCAAUAAUGUCACCGCCUUUCGAUUCUAGCGAGGCGCGAGAGGCUAGGUAUUUCCUCGAGCCGGAUGUGACAGCAGAUACAGUCGAUUGGACGCUGCAGGGCGUUGAUUUGGCUCUAUUCAGUACCUUGGCGCAAGCCUGGACAGAUUCAGCUCACGACCUAGGGCGUGAUCCGUAGAUACGGCCGCUUCCAGCACUGUCGCUAGCCGAUAGCACUUUCAUAUUAGCUGAAUCCAUUUCGAGCGCACCCUGGUGAACAACCGCGGUCUUGCGCUC